CUUGCGUCAGUGAAUGCUCAGAGCGCGUCUGAAAUCUUGGACAGUCGUAAUUCGGAGACCACUUGAGCGUUUGCUUUGUUUAUUUGGCUUUUUUAGCUCAUGUAAAUUUAGUAGCUCGUUUACGAUCUGUACGGGAUCUCGGGUGUCUCAGUUGCUCAGGGCUGGUCGAGGUGAUCUAAGAACCAGUUAAUUGUUUGAAAUCUCCCGAAUGCAUGUGGGGCACCCUGCUUUUAAACGGAGUCUCAAUGGAUUUGAAGUGGGACAAAGUGGAUCUAUCUGUGGAACUGAAAUUCUAAUCCCUUCCUGUCUUCAAAUAAACUGCUAUACAACACUUUCAAUUCCCACGGGCAGAAAACGCAAUGAUUAUCACAGCUUUAUACGUCAUGUUGUCCGUGUUGGAUGUGCUGCUGUCUGCCGAGGAGGGUGUGCUGGCUAGCAUGGGUCGGCUGGACUGCGUGAAAGCGAGCGAACAGUGUCUGAAGGAGACGGGCUGUAGCACAAAGUAUCGGACAAUGAGGCAAUGCGUGGCGGGGAAAGAGAGCAAUUUCACCAUGUUGGCGGGACCCGAAGCGCAGGACGAGUGCAGAAGCGCGAUGGAAGCCAUCAAACAGAGUCCGCUCUAUAACUGCAGAUGUAAACGGGGCAUGAAGAAAGAAAAGAACUGCUUGCGCAUUUACUGGAGUAUAUACCAGACGUUACUAGGAAAUGGCGUACUGGAGGAUUCUCCCUAUGAGCGAAUGAACAGUCGUCUCUCUGACAUUUUCCGGUUAGCUCCUAUAAUUUCAGGUGAGCCUGCCCUGACAAAGGAGAACAACUGCCUGAAUGCAGCCAAGGCUUGUAACCUGAACGACAUGUGUAAGAAGCACCGGUCUGCCUACAUCAGCCCUUGCACCAGCCGCAUCUCCACCGCCGAGGUCUGCAACAAGCGGAAGUGCCACAAGGCUUUGCGGCAAUUCUUUGACAAGGUCCCGCCCAAACACAGCUAUGGCAUGCUCUUCUGCUCCUGCCCGCCUUCUGACCAGUCGGCUUGCACCGAGCGCCGCCGCCAGACCAUCGUUCCUGUGUGCUCCUAUGAGGGCAAGGAGACGCCCAACUGCCUGUCCCUGCAGGCAUCCUGCAAGACCAACUACAUCUGCAGGUCACGUCUCGCAGAUUUUUUUGCCAACUGCCAGCCAGAGCCUCGCUCCCUGUCUGGCUGUCUGAAGGAGAAUUAUGCUGACUGCCUGUUGUCCUACUCCGGUCUCAUUGGUACAGUGAUGACUCCUAACUACCUUCGGUUUCCUUGGAUCAGUGUUUCGCCCUGGUGUGACUGCAGCAACAGUGGGAACAGAAAAGAGGAGUGUGAUAAGAUCAGCCAGUUCUUCACUGACAACUGCUGUCUGAGAAAUGCCAUCCAGGCAUUUGGCAAUGGCACUGAUGUAGGUGUGUGGCAGCCUGUGCCCCCGAUCCUUGCCCCUUCUACCAACUCCCCCCCUAAUAGAAACCGGUAUCCCAAUGCCCUGGAUGACUCCACCCACAACAACCACCUCCACCCAGCUGCUGGCUCCGUCUACCACUUCUGCAGCAGCCUACAGGCUCAGAGGUUGAAGUCUAAUGUGACAAUGGAAACACUGCUGUGCGUGGAUCCUCCAAUAGACGACCCCAGCUCCCCCAUCUCCCGGAACUCCUGGAAUCGUCCGGCUACACUCAGUCAAAGGGUGCUACUGCUCGCGCUCCAAUCUGCAAUCUCUAUGGAGCUGUUGUAGCCACUGGAAGAAGAGCUACCCUUUCUCCUGUCUCCUUGUGGUGUAGUUUUAAGUUUGCGUGAUGGUUUUUGAACUGUAUAUUUACAAGGAAGUAUGGAGGCAACACAGAAACAGUAUGUCAAAGGUUUAGCGCAAAUCGCGUUAUAACUAAAUAUUUGCUAUAUCUAAGUGCACCGUGAGGAAAGGCUCAGUAUUUUGGCAACCAGCAUAUUAGCGUUUGAGGGGGAAUAAUUUGAAGUUUUCACAGUGUGCUUAUGUGAAGGGGUGGGGGGGCUGGUGCCAAAAACAGAUUAUAAUUGAGUUAAUUGUCACUCAUUAUUAGCAGGGCAUUGUGGGUGGUGUAUCUUCGUUAUUGUGUUAGAAAAUGUGUCUGGUCUAUGUGAGGUGAAGUUUUUUAUAUUUUCUGGUGAGAUGACAGGGACGAGUAUGAUGCCACUGGGGGCUGCAGGGUUCCACGCAGAGUCAAGCCCUCCCAUUUUAGCAUUCGCUGGCGCUGUUGAAAAACACACAUGCCCUAUUGUGAGGAUCCGUUUUCUCACCAACACCCUACAUAUCAAUCGCUAUUUUUACACAUCUCACAGAAAACAAAACAGAUUUGACCAUGUAAUUCUUUUCAGUUCAGUUUGACUAUUACACUGAAUUAUCCAUAACAUUGGGGAUAUUCAAAACAACUGACAAUUAUAUGCUAUGUUUGAUUUUGAAGAUAUCAAGUCACAUAUUACCAAUCAGUCUAUUGAAGGUGACCCAUCUUGUCUAAUUGUACAUGGACAUCCAAUCACACAGUCAUCCAACAAUAUUAUGGUAUUAUACCUACUCAACUACUUAAAUGACAUUCACAAACGCUAACAUGCACUCAAACCAAAUUUUGUGUGCAAUAAUUAUUCAGAAUACGGAUAAUUAAAAAGCACGCUAUUUUAGGACGAGGGGACCAGAAUAAAUACAGUGAGCACCAUAA